CUCUUUGAAGCGUAACACCGGUGUGACCGUCAGAACGUGUGUUCAGCUGUCAUGUCGUCCUGGCUGAGAUCUUGUCACACUGUGGCUCUCAGAGGACUUCAGUGUCCCACAUCAGUCAGACACAGACGGACUCAAGCUGUUUUAAGAUGCUGCUCCACGGUCCAAGGAGAGGUGAGGGUCCGGUUUGCCCCCAGUCCUACAGGGUUCUUGCACCUCGGAGGCCUCCGCACUGCUCUCUACAACUACAUCUUUGCCAAGAAGUACGGAGGCUCGUUCAUCCUGCGCCUGGAGGACACUGAUCAGAGCAGACUGGUACCAGGAGCUGCAGAGUCCAUAGAGGAUAUGCUGGAGUGGGCUGGUAUACCUCCAGAUGAGAGUCCUCGUCAAGGUGGGCAGAUGGGUCCAUACCUGCAGUCCCAGAGACUAGACCUCUACAAUCAAACCGCCCUGCAGCUUGUUGAGAGCGGUUACGCCUACUAUUGUUUCUGCAGCUCACAGAGACUCGAACUUCUCAAAAAAGAGGCGCUGAGGAGUGGACAGACACCAAGGUAUGAUAACAGGUGUCGUCACCUUCGGGCCGAGCAGGUUCAGCAGAAGCUCGCUCAGGGAACGCCGCAUGUGAUCAGGUUCCGUCUAGAAACGGGAGUCGAGCCUUUUCAGGAUCUGAUCUUCGGGUGGAAUCGUCACGAGGUGGCCGAGGUGGAGGGCGACCCCGUGGUGAUAAAAGCAGACGGUUUUCCCACCUAUCAUCUCGCUAACAUAGUAGACGAUCAUCACAUGAAGGUCAGCCAUGUUCUGCGGGGCUCCGAGUGGCUCAUCUCCACCUCCAAACAUCUCCUCAUGUACCGCGCUCUCGGGUGGCAGGCGCCCACCUUCGGACACCUGCCGCUCCUGAUGAACAAAGACGGCAGUAAACUGUCCAAGAGACAAGGAGAUAUAUUCAUUCAGAGCUACCAGAGAGACGGUGUGCUGCCAGAGGCACUGCUGGAUAUCACGACUAACUGUGGAUCUGGAUUCAACACCACUCGAAUGGGACGGAAGAUAGAUGAGCUGAUCUCUGAGUUUAAUCCUUCAAAGAUCACGACGCACUCGGCUCUGUUAGACCUGGAAAAACUACCAGAGUUCAACAAAAUCCACCUGGAGCAGCGAAUUGAAGACGAGGAGCAGUGUCGUUUACUGAUAAACGAUCUGCAAGGACAAAUCCGACAGGCCUAUACAGCAGAGAUCCAGGAUCAAGAAGUCCUACAUGAGGAUUAUAUCAGGCGGGUUCUACAUCUACGCAAGGGUCACAUAUCCUCCCUGAAGGAGCUCCUAAGUCCUGUUUACUCUUACUUGUGGGUGCGUCCUUCUGUCUCCAGCCAGCAGGUGGCAGCACUCACUGCAGAAGCACACCAAAUUGCCUCUUUAGUGCUCAAAUUGAUAGAGGAGCGAGGAGAGGAGCUGGCAGUGGAUCGACUCAAUAAAGAUCUGAAGACGCUGACUAAGCAGGCUAAAGCCACCAAGUACAGAGAGGUGAUGAAGCUGCUACGGCUGGCUCUCAGUGGUCUGCAGCAAGGUCCCAGUGUGGCUGAGAUGAUGGUGUCUCUGGGAUCUGCAGAGGUCGGCCAUCGAUUCCAGAAAAUUCUGCAGCUUUCAGAAACGAGUUAACAACCAGACAGCCUGUCACCACGUCGCCUCAUGUC